GGCAUGCAGCAGCAGCGCGUAUCCCUUGACGGCAAGCGCAGCGCCCCCUAGUCAGCCACAAAAGCGCCCGCGCUUCUUCCGGUUCGUCUUUCCAGGACAGGGCACGAGGCGCGGCAGACCGGAUGCACGCCAAGGUGCCUGCAACAUCGCUGCCCUUUCCCGCCGCUAUGGCUGUCGGCGGCACCAGGCCAAAGAAAUGGGUGCACCGAGGGGCCCGGGCAUGUCUUUUCCGGCACCCCCGCUGCGCGUGGCGGUGCUCGGCUCGGGACCCGCGGGCCUGACGGCGGCCAAGUCGUGCCUCGAGGCCGGCCUCGAGCCCGUCGUGUUCGAGCAGGCGGAAGCCCUGGGCGGGCUGUGGCGCUUCCGACCGGACAGCCCCCCGGGACGGCCGUCGGUGAUGCGCUCGACGGUGAUCAACUCGAGCAAGGAGCUGACGGCGUUCAGCGACUUCCCGCCGCCCGCCCACUUUGCCAACUACAUGCACCACUCGGUGCUGCUCGAGUACCUGCAGAUGUACGCGCGCCACUUCCGUGUGGCCGAGACGAUCCGCUUCGGACACCAAGUGGUGCGCAUCACGCCCGCCCGCGACCACAAGCAGAGCGGCAGGUGGGACGUGACAGUCAAACAUCUGGCCACGGGCAGCGUCACGUGUUCGUCCUUCGACGCCGUCAUGGUGUGUACGGGCCACCACGCCUUUCCGGCGCGACCCGCAUCGCUGCGGGGCCUGCAGCGCUUCGGCGGGACCGUGCUGCACAGCCACGCGGUCAAGGACUGCCUGCGCUUCCGGGACCGGCGUCUCCUCGUGCUGGGAGCCGGAAACUCCGCCAUGGACGUCGCCACCGAGGCCAGUCUCUUCGCGCGAAAGGUGUACCUGAGCACCCGCCGCGGCACCUGGGUCCUGCACCGGGUGGCGCCCAACGGUUUGCCCAUGGACACGCUCAUACAGCGCCGCUACUUCCAGCACUUGCCCCUGUGGCUGCUCAACAGGAUGGCGGAGCGCGAGUGCCAGCGGCUGCUCAACCACGAGCUGCUCGGCCUGAAGCCCCGACACCGCCUCUUCCAGCAGCACCCGACCAUCAACGACGCGCUGGCCAACCGCGUGCUCAGCGGCACCCUCGUCAUCAAGGGCGACGUCGACGAGUUCACGGAGACGGGCGUCCGCUUCAGCGGCGACGCCGAGGACACCAAGGUCGACGACGUCGUGCUAGCCACGGGGUACGACAUCAGGUUUCCCUUCUUGGACGAGUCUUUGCUACGGAUUGAGGGCAAUCAGCUUCCGCUGUUCAGAUACGUGUUCCCGGCACACCUUGAACAUCCCGAGACCCUGAGCUUCCUGGGCUAUAUCCAGCCGCUCGGCGCAAUCAACCCCAUCGCCGAGAUGCAAGCACGCUGGGUCGUCCAGGUUCUUCUGGGUAACGUCCGGCUACCUUCCAAGGAGGAGAUGAUUUCCGACGUGGUGCGUACGGAGACGUCACAACGCUCACGCUACGUGUCAAGCCCACGUCACACCAUCCAGGUGGACUACAUGCCGUACACGCGCGACCUGGCUCGCCGCAUCGGCGCCGACCCGAGCCUCGUCAGGGCGCUGCUGCGGCGGCCGGCGCUUUUCUGGGCGUUGCUCGCGGGACCGCAGGUGCCCUACAUGUUCCGGCUGCAAGGGCCGCACUCGUGGCACGGAGCGGCAGAGGCCGUGAUAGGCACCCAACGGCGCAUCGAGGCACCGAUCAGGACGAGGCGCCAUUCGGCCGUCGAAGACAGCGGCGGCGGAUUCUUUUCACCGCGCCCACUGAACAAGCUCUUGGGCGGCGAAAGUAUUGUCGCUCACGCUCUCGAGAUGGCCAUCGUCAUCGUCAGUGUGUGCGUGGUCGUUGUGCCGCUGUUGGUGAACUACCUGUUUGGGUGAUGAGGUACACAUGCCACGCACCACGACUCUUCCUUCGCAAGCACUUCGUGCCACUCGGGGAAGAAUUCUCACGAGAACCAACUCAGGGAGCCUCGGGCAAUCCGUCUGGCGAGUUUGUGUGCAACACCAUAAAGUCCUAGAAGUCGUGUCGGGCUUGACGAUUCGUGCGCGGUGUUCGAGGCGUCUAAGUGGCAUGCACGUGUGGUGGGCCUUCCUCUCAGCACCACAAUUAGGAAACGAAGAUCGGUGCUCAAUCGAAUCUUCGUUUUCUGUCGCCACAUUUGUCAUAAAGAGCGCGCACCAAUGGGGAAUAGCGCCGCAUCGCACAACUUUUCGUGGAAAGUACUGGCAAUAGAUCAUGCCAUCGAAGGGGAAGAUUAAGUGCACGUGUACGGUGCACGCUUUUACGCGUCGCCACUGUACCAUAUGCAAUGCUAUCUCCAUUUAACGAACGUGCCAAACGUUGCGCUUCGUUAUAACGUCAUCUUCCGAUACUUUAACCGCGGCUUCACGCCCUGUAUAGAACAACCACUUGACAGAUACGGCUAUAUACAAUUACACCCCACCUUACGAGCUAUUUACUCGGCACUGUCCUGCUCGUAUCCUAUUGGAAUUUGUCUGAAUUUUUUUAUGAUGAAACUAAAUUACAGGAAGCAAUGAGUUUUUGUUCUCGAACAAAAAAAGAUACGAGGCAGUCAGCCGAUGCACACUCGGGGCCGAGUUCACGAAGCUUUUCGUUCGUAAAAGCUGUUUGCUGAUGGUCGACCCCCGCCUUCGCAAAUGUGUCCAAAACCACGACUGGCUGCCACCUCUUCUUACGACAGCUGUAGCGGGAAAACGUUUUUUCGUGAAUACGAGCCGAUGUACUGUGCGCCUUUCAUUUUUCAUCCUAUCCAUCUGGAGUAGCAAGCUAGGCAGACAUCUCCAGGAUCCAUUAAAGUGUCUCUCUCUCUUGUCAUUAAAGAAAGGAAAAGGUUUGAGCUUUGCAUUUGGAAUAAUAAUGUACGCGUAAAGUGAUUGCGCUGACUCUUCAGCGAUAAACAGUCGCCUACGCCUCUGUGUGCGCUGCUAAUCGUAUAUAGGCUGUUAUUUUUGAAAAGGAUUCCCGAAACGCUUAACUGCCUUUGUAUCUUAUGACGGCUUUGGUGCUCGCCAAGCAUGCGCAAUGAGUAAGUACGAAUCUAAUUCUAAAGGUUCUUUAAUUUUUAUACAAUCCUCUCAAUCCGCAUUCAGUGAACAACGCUACAUAUAUAAUAAAGGUUGUCCCACGUAACUUGAGCCACGGCUCCGAAAAUGAAAGGCACAUCGGACGCGAAUUGCACCGAACGUACAGUGUUGGCAAUAGCCUAAAGUAAGUCAGGCUGCAUUUUUUUUAGUUUCGCCAUAAUAAUGAUUUAACUACAUUUAAUUACGCAACCUUUUAAAUUAAUAACUUAUAACCAUAAGUGUGAUAGGCAAAUUUGAAGAGCACGUUCAGAAAUCACCUAAUAAAUUGCCUUCUACGCCAUAUGUCUCGUGUAGUUCUUCUUUCGGCGUGCCAAAGAAAAUCCGAGAAAUACGAAAAAAAGACCCCGUGAUUGGCCUCUGCGCAUUGCUAUUGUGCUGCACUAAAGCAGGACAAUAAUGCAGACUACUUCAAGCACAAUUUAAAGCAGACCAGCAUUGAAUUUUUUUUAGUGCUGGUCAAAUAGCACAGUUUUGUUCGAUACCGUAAAGGAGACACGUAGUCGCGGAAGGCUCCCAUGUAUGGCUGAGAGGCUUAGGCGGCUGCAGGCCGAUGUCACUUUGCAGCGAGACAAAGGUAGUCACGCAAGACCAGACUGGUUAUAACACAUUUGCAUAUGCAAGUGAUAACGCUGGAAGUUGUGCCCGGAAACCCAGCGCGUUGUUCGUCCGAUGAUGCAAUUCCAAUUAUGCAACUUUUCUACCUCGUUAUACUCGUUAUACCAUUACAGAAAGGAUUUGAUGUCUUAAACGCUUCAACGAUUACCGGCACGACGCCAACAUACGGUACAGGCGUGUAUUAGUGGGAGCGCCAAUAUUCAAUCGCAUAAGUUCACGCCUCACUCAAUGUAUUAAGAAUUUCUUCCUAUACCAGACAGCUAGAACAAUGACGAUGAUGAUGUUGCAUAAGGUAUUAUUCAGGAAACGCUUGUUUUCGUCCUAUGGUGGGAGGCCUCCCUUAACUACAGGAAGCCUUGGCGUCGAGCCGUCCUCUUCGCCCGGUAAACCAGCUUGCGCUGGUCAUCCGGGUGGGAUGGGUGCUGGUCAGUACGUGCUCCUACUACUCAAUGAAUAAAAAUGAACUAUCCAGCAGACUUCAGCGAUUGCUACGGCUCUCAACUCGACUGCGUUCUCUCCCAGUGCGUAUCGCAGGUUUAUAUUGUUACGAAUGAUGUUUAUUUACAGGGUGAAACGGUGAAACGAGGUCCGAGCGGGAAGCUACAGGCCAGGCCCAGCCGGCGCAGAGUACCGCGAGGUCACGCGCGCACACUCUACUUUGUCUUUCUCUGCCUCAGCCGCGGCCGCGCAGUGCUGCGACAAUAUGCUUGUUUGCUUGUAUACCUCAAAUUGCUUGUACCACUAUACAUGAUGGUGGGAGAGAGAGAUACAUUUUGAGAAUAUCGUAUUAAACGAAAGUAAAAAUAUGUAAAAGUGAAAUAUUUUAGGUAAUAAUUAAGAGAAUAGUAUAAGGUUUGUGUUAUUAAAGACAAGAUCACUGUUUAUAAAUCAUGCUGGGAAUUUUUUCUUCUUUGUGAGCCAUGCACACAGCUCCGUUUCUGUAUGAUAUAGUGUUCACCUCGAAAGUGCAUGUGCCAUUAAUCUGCGUUGUAUAUGCAAUGUAAUUAACAGCCUCGGUGAAGCCGUUUUGAGGGCGCUGGCUGGGGACUAUCAACCUCGGAUGCAGCAUAAUUUCUGUGCAAUGGAUGUCACGGAACGAAAUGACGUUGUGCAACUUACCAGAUUUUCACGAAAUAAAUAAUUUUCUUCUCGAUA